CCUGGCGCACCCUCAGUUGCACCUGCUCUCUCCAUACACAGAGGAGCGCUGGGAGGGGCAUUAUUUAGCAGCGAGCUGUACGAGGAGGAGGCAUUUCCUUAACACCGACACAAGCGUGUAGCCUCUGCUUCAGCACCACAUCACUGAGGAAAGCGUCCACACUGAGGAUUUCCACUAUUCCAAGUGGAAUAUUUCAAGAAAAGGACUAUUUUAGUGGGAAUACCGGCGUUUCACUUAGUUCUCAGCCGUAGAAGAAGAGUGAUCUCCUGUAAAGUGAGAUAUCAUGACAGCUGCCACGUCCCCCAUUCUGUUAAAAUGGGACCCAAAGAGUUUGGAAAUACGCACCCUGACUGUGGAGCGGCUUCUGGAGCCACUGGUCACACAGGUGACUACGUUGGUGAACACGAGCAACAAAGGGCCAUCCAGUAAGAAGAAGGGGCGCUCCAAGAAGGCCCACGUGCUGGCUGUGUCCGUGGAGCAGGCCACUCAGAACUUUCUGGAGAAGGGAGAGCAGAUCGCCAAAGACAGCCAGGACCUGAAGGAGGAGCUCAUCGCUGCUGUGGAGGAUGUUCGGAAGCAAGGUGAGACCAUGCGGAUGGCCUCCUCUGAGUUUGCUGAUGACCCAUGUUCCUCUGUCAAACGAGGCACUAUGGUGCGAGCCGCCCGGGCCCUGCUGUCUGCUGUCACCCGUCUACUCAUCCUCGCCGACAUGGCUGACGUCAUGAGACUCCUCACGCAUCUCAAAAUUGUGGAGGAGGCUUUAGAGGGAGUGAAAAAUGCCACCAAUGAACAGGAUCUGGCCAACCGCUUCAAGGAGUUUGGCAAAGAGAUGGUGAAGCUUAAUUAUGUAGCAGCCAGGAGACAGCAGGAGCUCAAAGAUCCCCAGUGUCGAGAUGAGAUGGCAGCUGCUCGUGGGGCCCUGAAGAAGAAUGCCACCAUGUUGUACACAGCCUCACAGGCCUUCCUGCGCCACCCGGAUGUGGCUGCCACCCGCGCCAACCGGGACUAUGUGUUCAAGCAGGUGCAGGAGGCCAUAGGAGGCAUUUCUAGUGCAGCUCAGGCCAACUCUCCCACUGAGGAAAAGCAUGGACACGCUGGCAUUGGGGAACUAGCAGCCGCUCUCAAUGAGUUUGAUAACAAGAUCAUCCUGGACCCUCUGACAUUCAGUGAGGCACGUUUCCGCCCGUCUCUGGAGGAGCGCCUGGAGAGUAUCAUCAGUGGAGCAGCGCUGAUGGCGGACUCCUCCUGCACUCGUGAUGACCGCCGAGAACGCAUCGUGGCUGAGUGCAACGCUGUGCGGCAGGCCCUUCAAGACCUGCUGAGUGAAUACAUGAACAAUACUGGCAGAAAAGAGAAGGGCGAUCCUCUGAAUUCAGCUAUUGACAAGAUGACCAAAAAGACCAGGGACCUGCGUCGACAGUUGAGGAAGGCGGUGAUGGACCACAUCUCGGAUUCCUUCUUGGAGACCAACGUGCCGCUCCUGGUGCUCAUCGAGGCCGCGAAGAGUGGAAACGAGAAGGAGGUCAAGGAGUACGCCCAGGUGUUCCGCGAACAUGCCAACAAGCUGGUGGAGAAGGUCCCAGUCAUGCCUCGUUUCGCCGAGCAGGUGGAAGUAGCUAUCGAGGCCCUGAGUACAAACCCUCCACAGGCCUUUGAGGAGAACGAGUUCAUCGAUGCGUCACGGUUGGUCUACGACGGCGUCCGCGACAUCCGGAAAGCCGUGCUCAUGAUCAGGACACCGGAGGAGCUGGAAGACGACUCGGACUUUGAACAGGAGGACUACGACACUCGCAGCAGGACCAGCAUCCAGACUGAAGACGACCAGCUUAUUGCCGGGCAGAGUGCAAGGGCCAUCAUGGCACAGCUGCCCCAGGAGGAGAAGGCGAAGAUUGCUGAGCAGGUGGAGAGCUUCCGACAGGAGAAGUGCAAGCUAGACGCCGAGGUGGCCAAGUGGGAUGACAACGGCAAUGACAUCAUCGUGCUGGCCAAACAGAUGUGUAUGAUCAUGAUGGAGAUGACCGAUUUCACCAGAGGGAAAGGCCCCCUGAAGAACUCCUCAGAUGUGAUCAACGCCGCUAAGAAGAUUGCCGAGGCCGGUUCCAGGAUGGACAAAUUGGCUCGAGCUGUUGCAGAUCAGUGUCCGGACUCGGCCUGUAAGCAGGACCUCCUGGCCUACCUCCAGAGGAUCGCCCUGUACUGCCACCAGCUCAACAUCUGCAGCAAAGUGAAGGCUGAGGUGCAGAACCUGGGCGGAGAGCUCAUCGUGUCUGGGCUGGACAGCGCCACCUCCCUGAUCCAAGCCGCCAAGAACCUCAUGAACGCCGUGGUGCUGACCGUCAAGGCCUCGUACGUGGCCUCCACCAAAUACCAGAAGGUCUACGGCACGGCGGCGGUCAACUCGCCUGUGGUGUCCUGGCGCAUGAAAGCUCCAGAGAAGAAGCCGCUGGUGAAGAGGGAGAAGCCCGAAGAAUGCCAAACCCGCGUCCGGAGGGGCUCGCAAAAGAAACACAUCUCCCCGGUCCAGGCGCUCAGCGAAUUCAAGGCCAUGGACUCCUUCUAAACACACACACACAAAAAUAAUAAUAACAUGAAAAAUGCCCAACAUGGUGGUGUGUUGGAUUCUUUUUACAUUGUGUUAACCCACCUCUGUUUGCUUGGCCAGAGACGCCUCUAAUGGACUACUACUGCCACUUACGAGAGGCGGCCAGCGCGUACAUACACAAAACACUAUUUAUCUUAUUGUAGCUUAAUAUGUGCGAGCCAAAAUGUGACACAGUACGUCUGAAAAAGAACAAAAAAAGUAAAAGAAAACAUAUCGAAAAGGAGACGCGGAGAGUGGCAUCCUAAAUAUGUUUGUGGCAGUUGAUACUUUUAGCUCUGAUUACUGUGCUACUGACUGGUUGCUUGUAAACACAUUUAAACUGAAUGGACUUGACUGGUGCAGUAGUUGCUUUAAUGGGAGACAGUGAUGGUAUAUGCUCCCGUUUUUGACUUUUCAUUUGAAUUUGAAUGUUAACCCGUAGUACUAGAAAUAACUUAUCUUACCUGAAAGUGUUGGACAUAGUACCUUUUCCCCUAUGAUUAUAAUGAAUAAUAAAUGAUCUACAUGGUGUUUUUUUAUAUGAAGCACACGUAUGGUCAAAUGUAUUGUCUUUUUUUUUUUUUACAAACCCAGUUCUGAACUUUGUGACUAGAACAGAUUGCAGUGAAUGAAAUGAAAAUAGCAUUGAAAUAGUUGUUUUGAUUAUGCGUGAUUGCGAGACACACACUAAAAAGUCUUAUUAAGUUUAAUCAAGAACCUGCAUUCGUUUUAAAAUUAGUUUAAUACACAAAACCAUGUCUUUUUAGCACAUUUUUAGCAUCACACAUAUAAUCCUGUACUUAUAUAGUGACAGAAUAUGAAGAAUAUUGUAACAUUUGCAUAAUUUUUAUUGUUUUUUGCACUUUUGUUUACAUCAUCCCAACUUUUUUUAGAACUGGGCUUGUAAAUUAUUGAAUUAUUUAAUGGUUCCAUCACUAACUUUGAUGACUGAAAGGUGUGUAGCAUAUAGAUCCGACAGAGAGAUAUCUGACUAGUUGUGGUUUUGCUCGGAGUAUAGACCUCUUGCAUACAAUUCCUUUUCUUCACCCUACUCUAAUAAAGCCUCGACUUGA